AUGCGUGUCUCUGGACUUCUCGCUUUGGCGCUCGCUGUCAUCCCUGGUGUUUUCGGCAAGUCGGUCAUCAUUUACUUCGACGACAACAACACUCCCGAUUCCAUUGUCGAUCAGGCGAAGAAGGACAUUGUCAGUGCUGGUGGCAAAAUCACCCACGUAUACUCCAUCCUCAAGGGCUUUGCUGCCGACGCGCCAGAGGAAGCGCUGCAAUCUGUGCAGACCUGGGGCAACGAGCACAAGAUGCGUGUUGAAGAAGACCAGGAGGUUUCUAUCAACAGCUAA